GUCGGACUGGGCUCCGUUCAGGAUCAGCUUUCGGGGCUCUCCAACGACCCUCGACGCUCACCAGGACGCUGUGGAGGCCGCAAAUCGACGGCGUGGACGACGAUGCGAACGGAAUGGGCGGCAGGCCAGCUGCAGGCGGCGUCGGGACAGGAUGCGAAAGCCUGUUGUCCGCUCUGUUUCCCGGCUAUCCCCUCGGAUACCCCCGCCUCCUCCCGCCACUAAUAUACGGCUCGCAGUGAUAUAUAGGGCUCCCACCCGCUCUCCGCAAAGCUCUCCACUUUCCUUUUCUCGGUUCCCCGCUCCCUGCGGUUCUCCCUAAUCCUCCCCCCUCCCCUACCUCACCUUCACGACCCUUUCCCUACCUCACGACAUGGUUUACUCAUCCUCACCCAGCGAGACGACGACCGUCGUCCCAGAGGAGCAUCCCAUCUACCGUCCCGCCGGUUACACCGAGGGCGAGGAACUCACCAAUCCACGCUCGCACGAUGAGAACCAACCCGAUAUCUCCUUCCCGUACAUCACCACCGAUAUCAAUCGCGGUGGUCUAACGAACGAAUACCCGUUACGGCCAAUACCAACGCAUGCGUCGGACGUCCCUCAGGCCCUCCGGGAUCCGGAGAAGGCAGCACAACUUCGGGACAUGAAGUUGGUGACAUGGUUGCCCGACGACCCGGAGGACCCUCGUAAUUGGUCCAACCUGUACAGGUGGUACUUGACCGGUGUCUGCGCCAUGUCUGUCGUCGCAGUCGCGUUUGCGUCUGCCGUCGUGACGGGUGACUUCGCCGACAUCCAGAACGAAUUCCACGUGGGCGAAGUCGUCGUCGCUCUGAGCGUAUCGCUCAUGGUUUGCGGCUUUGGCAUCGGUCCUUUGGCUUGGUCACCUAUGAGCGAGUUGUUCGGCCGCCAAUAUCUUUGGAUCUUCCCUAACAUCGUCUACGUCAUCUUCAACAUCCCGUGUGCGCUCGCCCCUAACAUUCAGACGCUGCUGAUCUGUCGGUUUUUCUGCGGUAUCUUCGCGUCUGCGCCCCUCACGCUCGCUGGUGGUACCAUUUCUGACAUUUGGGACAACAACGAACGUGGUUUCGCCAUCGCCUUGUUUGCUGCAGCGCCGUACGGCGGUCCCGUUCUUGGUCCCAUCGUGGGCGGUUUCGUUGGUGAGAACAUCGGCUGGCGAUGGAUGAUCUGGGUGAACAUGAUCUUCGCUGGUGUCAUGACCAUCUUCUGCUGUACCAUACCCGAGACGUUCGCGCCCGUGCUGUUGAAGCGCCGCGCGGCACGUCUGCGGAAGGAGACCGGUAACCCGAAUAUCACCACUGAGCAGGAGCUUUUCAAGAGGAAAUUCUCGGAGAUCGUCGUUGAGACACUCAUCCGUCCAUUCCCCAUAUUGCUACUCAUGUCUUUGUACAUCGCCCUCAUCUACGGUCUGCUCUACGCCUUCUUCUUCUCCUUCCCCGUCGUGUUCGCCGAGGAGUACGGCUUCGACGACGGUCACACCGGCCUGACGUUCUGCUCCGUCCUGAUCGGCCUCGCCAUCGCGUUGUGCGUCACGCCUCAGGUCGAGAAGAACUACCAGAAGCGCGCCGCGGCUAAGGGUGGCAGGGCUGAUCCCGAGGACCGUCUCGUCGGCAUGAUGAUCGGUUGCUGGUUCGUCCCCGUGUCAUUGUUCAUCUUUGGCUGGACGAGCCCGCCGGCGGUCAUGCCCGGAGGUGGCAACUGGGUCGGCCCCGUGUCGUCCGGUAUUCCCUUCGGCUUUGGCAUGGUCAUCAUCUACUUCUCGGCCAACGCGUACCUGAUCGACGCUUUCCCCGGCUAUGUUGCGUCUGCGCUUGCUGCAAAGACCGUCAUCCGUUCCGGGUCUGGCGCGGCGAUGCCGCUGUUCAUCGAGGCGAUGUACCACAAUCUCGGUAACGGCUGGGCAGCGUCGACUUGGGGCUUCAUUUCUCUUGCUAUGAUUCCUAUCCCCUUCCUCUUUUACCGGCAUGGUAAAGCUAUCCGCGCGCGCUCAAAGCGUGCCGUUGCGUAGACGUUCGUUCCUUACUUUCCCGUUUACGGUUUCUCGUGAUUAUACUCCCCUGUCUCCCUCUCCCAUCGCAUUGAUCCGUACUGUGCAUCAUCUCUCCUCUUCCGUCGCACCCGGGUACAUUCUAGAAUCUCGUAUGUUCGCUUCACGUCGCAUCGCAUUUCCGCUACACAUCACACUAGCUAGAGGUUGGGUAGAUACGGUGCGUGAAUUAUCUGUCCAGCAUACCCGCUUGGACACUCUCAAUACAUUAGUAUAAUGGCGC